UUCAAUCUUCUACUCUUUUUGUUUGUUUUCCUUUUUUCAAUUUUUUGGACCUUUGAUGAAAUAUCUUCAUAACUCCUAUGACGUGGGCAUCAUCCAUUGGUUGUCAUUUGAUAAGAAGUAUGUGUCAAUGGCACAAUUCCCAUUCCAUUUAUAUAUUAUAUAGUUCCUAAAGCCAUAUCCCCAUGAUUUAUAUCCUCCUUCAAGCUCACAGUUGAACUCUAACAUUACUUCUUCCCUACACAAAGAUAUGGCUACCAUUUCUGGGGUGAACCUCUCAAGUCCAAGAAUCAUGGCCAAGGCAGCUAAGACACCUAAAGUACAGCUUCUCAAUGUUGGGUGGCUCCGCUGCUCGUGGAAGCAAUCGGCCCAACUUGGAGCCAUAAGGUUGAGAGUUCCACCGGUUCACGCUGCACCGGAUAAGAUAUCAGAUAAGGUAGAAGAGAGCAUAAAAAAUGCAGAGGAGGCUUGUGCAGGUGACCCCGUGAGUGGGGAGUGUGCUGCAGCAUGGGACGAAGUUGAGGAAUUAAGCGCAGCAGCAAGCCAUGCUCGUGACAGAAAGAAGGAAUCUGAUCCAUUGGAAAGCUACUGCAAGGACAACCCAGAGACUGAGGAAUGUCGCACCUACGACAAUUGAGUAAUGAAAUGAUAUUAAGUUUUAGGUAUUUUAUUUCAUCUACAUAUUGAUUUGAAUUAAAGUUAUUGGACGACACGUUGUUGUAUAACUUUUUUAAGUUGUUAAUUUUACAGAAGUUGCAUGAAUAUGGUCAUAAACUUGUCUUAGUUAAAAGCUUUGGAUAUUAUCUACAUAUUAAUCAAAUUAAAAUAUUAUAGAUUAA